GCUCUGCGUCCAUUUUUUUCUCUCAUCUCCUUUCUGUGCAUUUAAGAAACCUUAAAGAACACACAAACCUGGAAGAGAGAAGAAAGAAAAGCACGAAGGGAUUCAAAGCACACUGGAUGGGUUUUUUUUGUUCUUAAGCGAUGGGUUAGGACGGAUUUUAACAUGAUGGCACAAUAAACGGGCUCCUUUUGCACAUCUGUACGUCCGGAGAGGCGUGUGUGUGUGUGUGUGUGUGUGUGUGUGUGUGUGUGUGUGUGUGUGUGUGUGUGUGUGUGUGUGUGUGUGUGUGUGUGUGAACAUGGCCGCUCCGCUCGCUCACCGGGGCCUGGCCGACAUGCCGGACCUGAGCCACCUCACCGACGAAGAGAGGAGGAUCAUCCUCGACGUCAUGGACCGCCAGAAGAGAGAAGAGGAGAAAGAACAGUCCAUGCUGAAGGUCAAAGAAGAUCCAAAGCCUCAGUCUGCACAGUGGUUCAAAAGUCCCUUUAGUGGGAUCACAGACCUGGUUAAUAACGUUCUCCAGCCCCAGACUAAGUCACAAAAUGAGCCUCAGAAAGAAGCUGCGACGGAGGAGCCAGAAACGAAGUUACACCAGCAGUUCGAGUCUUAUAAGGACCAGGUUAAGAAGAUGGCGGAUGAGGCACAGACCACUCCCCAGCUCAAAGGCGAGGCUCCCAUCUGUGGAAUUUGCCACAAGACCAAGUUUGCUGAUGGCUGUGGUCACCUCUGUUCAUAUUGCCAAACCAAGUUCUGUGCCCGCUGUGGAGGACGAGUGUCUCUCCGCUCCAACAAGGAAGACAAAGUGGUAAUGUGGGUAUGCAACUUGUGCCGAAAACAACAGGAAAUCCUCACAAAAUCCGGAGCCUGGUUCUACAGCGUACCAGGCUCCACGUUGCCUCCGGGGGUUACCGGGGUCAUGCGCAGGCACCAUGAGGAAGCCCCUCAGGAGAAGAAAGCCAAACUGCACGAAGCUCCGUUAUUAUAUCAGGGCACCACAGUGGAGCGCAGCAGGGCCCCCGGUCUCCUUCGUCAACACUCCCUUGACCCUGAAAGGAAAAGAAGUCCUUCUGCAUCUAGGGAGCCAAAUCCAAACUUCCAAAGGGAGGAGCGUACAUCACACUAUGCCCCAGGACAAGGUGGCAUGCCACGAUCGCCCUCUGACUACGGUCGCCCCUAUGAAGACGCGCAGUCAGCUCGGGCAUCAUACCGUGCCCGCCGUGGUGCCUGGCACUCCCAGGAGGAGGAGCAUCAUCCUCCCGAACCAGGCUUGGUAUCUGAACGUGAUCUCCAUCGCCAGGACGAAUGCCACACACGCUACAGGAGUGACCCAAACCUGGCACGGUACCCAGUGAAGCCGCAGCCAUACGAGGAGCAGAUGCGCAUGCACGCCGAGAUGUCACGUUUCCGCCACGAGCGGCGCCAUAGCGAUGUCUCUCUGGCCUGCACAGAGGCCGAAGAGCGGCCCGGCGCCUGGCAUUACGGCCAUGUCCACACCCAUGGCCCCUCCUACGGUCACCGGCCCUCCAAUCCCGGUCAACGGGACAAGACGGACAACCUGCUGCGCAACGACUCGCUUAGUUCGGACCAGUCAGAAUCCGUUCGUCCACCACCACCCAGACCUCAUAAAAGCAAGCGGGGAGGUAAAGCAAGGCGGGCUUCACUGAGCAGCUCGGACGAAGAGCUUCCCACUACACCCGAGUACACCAGCUGUGACGAUGUGGAGAUUGAAAGCGAGUCGGUCAGUGAGAAAGGGGACAGUCAAAGGGGAAAAAGAGAAACUAUUGAGCAGGCACACAUCUUAUCAGAGGGACAAAAGAAAAUGGUUCGCUUUUGGGGCCACUCGUUGGAAGAGGAUGCCGAGUGGGGCGAGCCGCAGGUUAAAGACUCGGGCGUUGACACAUGCAGUAGCACAACGCUAAACGAGGAUCAUAGCCAUAGCGAGAAGCAUCCUGUCACGUGGCAACCGUCCAAAGACGGCGACCGUCUCAUCGGCCGCAUUUUGCUCAACAAGCGGCUCAAGGAUGGAAGCGUUCCCCGUGACUCCGGAGCUCUUCUGGGCCUAAAAGUUGUUGGAGGAAAAAUGACUGAGUCUGGUAGACUUUGUGCAUUCAUCACUAAAGUAAGGAAAGGCAGUUUAGCAGACACUGUUGGACAUCUUCGACCAGGCGAUCAGGUCUUGGAGUGGAACGGGAGAAACUUACAAGGAGCCACAUUUAAAGAAGUUUACAAUAUCAUAUUUGAAUCCAAGCCAGAGCCUCAGGUGGAACUGGUGGUGUCUCGACCCAUCGGAGACAUCCCCAGGAUACCAGACAGCACACACACACAACUGGAGUCGAGUUCCAGUUCAUUUGAGUCACAGAAGAUGGACCGGCCAUCCAUAUCAAUCACGUCUCCCAUGAGCCCCAGCAUGCUGCGAGACGCACCACAGUACUUAUCCGGACAGCUCUCUAGCCAAAGCCUUAGUAGGAGAAUAGAGCCUUUUAACCCUAGGGUUCAGGUUAAACUCUGGUACGAUAAAGUGGGCCACCAGCUCAUUGUCACCAUCCUGGGAGCCAAGGACCUGCCGUUGCGUGACGACGGACGACCGAGGAACCCAUACGUCAAAAUCUACUUCCUCCCAGACCGAAGUCUGAAUUAUUGUUCCUCCAGUGACAAAAGCAAGAGGAGAACUAAAACGGUAAAGAAGUCGUUAGAGCCCAAAUGGAACCAGACAUUCAUGUAUUCGCCAGUUCAUCGGCGUGAGUUUCGCGAGCGCAUGCUGGAGAUUACGCUGUGGGACCAGGCGCGAGUGCGCGAGGAGGAGAGCGAAUUCCUCGGAGAGAUUCUGAUCGAGCUGGAGACCGCGCUGAUGGACGACGAGCCGCACUGGUACAAGCUGCAAAUGCAUGACGUCUCUUCGAUGCCUCUUCCCAAGAGUUCGCCCUACCUUCAGAGGAGAACGAUGCAUGGAGACAGUCCCACUCGCAGACUACAGACUCACGGCUCGUAUUCGUACAAUUCAGGAUCUCACAGGAUCAGUGACAGCGAGAUCUCUGAUUAUGACGGUGAGGAUGGCGUGGGAGUCAUUUCAGACUACAGGCAAAAUGGGCGGGAUCUCCAAAGCUCCACCCUCUCUGUACCCGAGCAGGUCCUGUCAUCCAAUCACUGCUCACGGUCGGCGGAUAUUAACCGAGCGCGCUCACGAUCACCCAGCGUUCCCCCUCCUCAGAGUCAUUUUCUCACCCUACCUCGAACGAGACACAGUCAGCCUGUUCAUCAUCAGCAGAUGGAACUCAGGAAUUACAGCAUGCAGGACAGGCGCGAAAUGGAACGGCCCAUGUACACGCGCUCACGUUCCACCGAGCGGCCCCCUGAUGCCCAUCACAUGAGAUCGUCCAUGCCCACGCUGUCAUCCGGACACUCUGCGCCACCCUCGCCUGCCUUAACGAGGGCACACCCCCGCAGUGGAUCAGUCCAAACCAGUCCUACUAGCACGCCCAUGAACAACAGGAGAGGACGACAGCUACCACAACUGCCCUCAAAGGGGACGUUAGACAGAAAAGGCGGACGAGAAGACAUUGAGCCUGGUCAAGUAGACAGAGAGAAAACAAGUCCAGAGAACAGAGACGAAGGUGCUAUGGACAUGGAGGAGAGGACACGGCAGAUGAAGCUGAAGGUGGACAAGUACAAGCAGGGAACAGGUUCUGACUCCCGCCUGGAGCAAGACCACCGCUCAAAGCAUUCCGGCAGGGACGGGAAGCUCGGGAUGGACAAUCUCUCGGCCAAAUCUUCCGACAGUGACAUGAGCGACGUGUCCGCUGUGUCGAGAAGCAGCAGUGCUUCUCGCUUCAGCAGCGCUAGCUACAUGUCUGUUCAGUCGGAGCGGCCUCGAGGCAACCGCAAGAUCAGCAAAGCGAUGCAGGGGCGGAGCUUCUCCCAGGAGGGGGAUGAACUCUCUAGCGAGGUGUUACAUGAGGUGGAGGAGGAGGGAGGGGUGGGCAAUGGUUGUGGGAGCAGUCGAAAGGCAAAGACGUAUAGACUAGAUAGAGAGGCGGAGUCUAUUGAGGAAGCGGACCAGAGGAGGUUCUCAGACAAUGACCUCAGCGACUUUGCAUCCAAAAUGAAAAACAGGCAAAUGGGCACGACGAGUGUAACCAAUCUGACCAAGAGCACUAGCAUCGGUGGGGAUAUGUGCAGCCUGGAGAAGACCGAUGGCAGCCAAUCGGACACGGCUGUGGGCAUAGUGGGAGGAAACCUCAAGAAACGGCGCUCGAGCAUCGGGGCAAAGAUGGCCGCCGUGGUGGGCAUGUCCCGCAAGAGCCGCAGCACCUCACAACUCAGCCAAACAGCAGGAGGAAAGAAGCUGCGCAGCACCGUUCAGAGAAGCACUGAAACAGGCCUGGCUGUGGAGAUGAGGAGCAGGAUGACGCGACAGGCCAGCCGCGAGUCAACCGACGGCAGUAUGAACAGCUUCAGCUCUGAGGGGAACCUGAUCUUUCCCGGAGUGCGACUAUCAGCAGACAGCCAGUUCAGCGACUUCCUGGAUGGACUAGGCCCCGCCCAGUUAGUAGGCCGACAGACUUUGGCUACACCUUCCAUGGGCGACAUUCAAAUCGGAAUGGUAGAGAAGAAAGGAGCUCUGGAGGUAGAGAUCAUUCGGGCCAGAGGCCUUGUGGGUAAACCAGGAUCUAAGGCACUGCCAGCCCCUUAUGUGAAGGUGUACUUGCUGGAGAACGGAGCAUGUGUAGCCAAAAAGAAAACAAAAGUAGCACGCAAAACCUUGGACCCUCUUUAUCAGCAGCAGCUGUGCUUCGAAGAGAGUCCAGGGGGAAAAGUCUUACAGGUCAUUGUGUGGGGAGAUUAUGGACGAAUGGACCACAAAUCCUUUAUGGGCGCCGUUCAAAUACUUUUAGACGAGCUGGACUUGUCCAACAUGGUGAUUGGCUGGUUUAAGCUCUUCCCCCCAUCCUCCCUGGUGGACCCGACGCUUGCUCCUCUGACUCGAAGAGCAUCACAGACCUCCCUGGACAGCAGCUCUGUGCCGUUCAGCCGCUCGUAGCACACCGCUAAUGACUAGCGUGGUUGUUGUAGCAUCAUCCAUCAUCCCAGUGGUGGGAGAUUUUGAGAUUUGAGGCCAGUUGCUGCCCCUCCCCAGUAACACACACUGCAUGCUUGGUGUCGUCUUCUGAGCCUGUUUCUUAGGGGUGAAAUCGGUCCUGUGUUUGCUCGCAAAUAUAAAGAAAUAAAUAAAUCAAAGAUGAUAAUACUAAUAAAAGAUAAAUAAACCUAAAGCCUCGCACAUGUUGAGCAUGGAGACCGACCCCUACAAUCGGGGAACAGCCAGAUGAAGGAAAUGGACCUGUUUUUUUGUCCUUUUCAAAGCCAUGGGGUUCUACACAAAGCCCUUAUUAUUGCUCAUUUGUUUCUCUUCCAUUACCGUUCAUUGUUCAUUUGUAUGUGAACGGAUGAAGAGCGUUACUCUUAAACGGGUCAUGCCAUUUAUUCAGACCCAGAGUUUGUCAUAUGGAAAUAAGUUCGUAUUAAACUGUCUGCACUCCCCAGAUAUGCACACGAUCGCAAGCAAGACUGUUUAUAGAAAAAAAAAAUUUUUUUUGUAAAAAAGAACAAACAAACAAAAAAAAAAUCGCAAUACUGAGAAGGAUAUUAUCAACAGAAAAGAGACGCUUCGAGAUUCCCCGGAUGAACGCUUUGGAGCGGAAUGAUAUUUCUGUCGAUGUAUGAAAUUUCAAAGGGACUCUUUUUUUUUUUUUUCCUUUUGCAUGGACACAAAAUUUAGCUGAUCUUAAAGAAACAAAUAUUUUCAUGAGAUUGCAACUUGGGAAAAAAAAAAAAGGAAAAUGAAAAAAAAUAUACACAGUUGAAACAGAUCAGCCAUUUUUUGAAAAUUUCUAUUAUUUUUAAAAAAGAAAUUUCACUAGUGCAUGGUUUUCAUGGGGAGUAAAUGCAAAGGUGUGGUUUAAAAAAAAAAUAGGAAUCCUGUUUUAUUAUCCUGAAGCCCGUGCUAGGGUCUAUACUGUAUUUUUACGGACAUUACAUUUAAAUAAGGACUAUAGAAAUUAUUUACAGGGAGAAAAAAAAACUUCAUGUGACGCAAAGAAAAUGAAAAAUGUAUUAUUUAUGUCAUUGAUAAAGGAGAUCAGAGAUCAUGUGCAAAUUGUACACGUUUCUUUUUCUCUCUUGUCCCAGGGUAACUCUUGCUGCUCUUGUCAGAUUUUCCCCACCGUUCCCACAUUUACGCAGGGGUGAUCAGUCUUGCCUUUUUGUACUCUAUUUGGACUCGAUUAGAUUUAACAAGCAUGUUGAGAUGGAUUUUCUGCAACAUGGCUUGGGCACAAUGAGCAGUAACAGCAUGUUUUGAUAAAAAUUUGGAAAGGAAAAAAAAAAAUAUAUAUAUAUAUAUAUAUAUAUAUAUAUAUAUAUAUAUAUAUAUAUAUAUAUAUAUAUAUAUAUAUCUAUAUUAUUUCUUGUACAGUGCAUGUUCACUACGUUUCUUUGGUCCCUGAUUGAAUUUUAGGAGAAUUUGGCUGGGUUUGAAUAAAACAUUCCACCAAUUUUGUCCAAUUUUGUUUUUAAAAAAAACAAACAAAAAAAGAUGGGAAUUUUAUAUCCUGGAAACAAAGAUAUUCUCUCCCAGUAUUCAGGAUGAAAUGAUCCCACGAUUCAUUUACAAAUGGUUUCCUGCAUCUCAUGGACAGUUUCAGUAUUGCGUAGUGCAGUUUUACACACAUGACCCUGGAACUGGGACAACAUGGACUUUCGCAUGACAUGAAAACUUGCCAUGAUAGAAAAUAGAUUUCUAUUACUAGAUUUUUGUCUUUUUGCUUAGUUUCCAGAAAGUUCCUUUAAUAUAUUUUUGUUAAUUUAUUUACAAGCCAAUGCCAGAUAAUCUUUUUUUUUUUUUUCUAUUUUGGUGAUUAUCAAAACUUUGAGAUAAUUCUUCUAGGUAUAAUGUCAGAAUGGAGUUACAUUGAGACAUUAUUCCUCUUCCAUGUAAAGUGAAAUCUAUUUUGGUGUUCAUUCAGUAUCUUUACUUUUCACUAUUGAGCUAUGUAUAGUUUCUCUCUGAUUUGAAAAUUGUAUAUAUUAUAUGUCAUAAGUUAUGGAAUUUGGAUUUAAAGAAAAAAAAUAAGCAGACAUCUAUAGAUAAGAUCGCAUGGAAUUGGGAUAAUGUCUCAGUCAAAUGUAAGACAUGUUACACCCUCUUUGAAUGCCUUUUCUUUUUUUUUUCUGGUACAAUGUGUUCAUGCCAAGGCUAUGUCUUGGUUAAGUAUGGUUGAGUACAGAGAUUUAUGUAAGUUAUUUUUCAAAUUAAACAAUAAAAAAGGGAUAUUACACUGAA